UUUUUGGAUGGUUUUACCACUUUCUUUGCUUAAAACUGCCCAAAAUCAUCCUAUGCUAAUUGAAUUGAAAAAUGGAGAAACUUAUAAUGGAAUGUUAAUUGCUUGUGAUUCUUGGAUGAAUGUUCAUUUACGGGAUGCUAUUUGUACUUCUAAGGAAGGCGACAAAUUUAUGAAAAUUCCAGAGGUUUAUGUUCGUGGUUCUACAAUUAAAUAUUUGCGUAUUCCAGAUGAGGUUGUUGAAUUAGUAAAAGACGAAGUUAAAGAAGUUCGUAGGCAACAGAAAGAGAAUCGAACAAUGAAAAGAAAUUUUGCGAAAGGUGCAAGAGGAGGGGGAAGUGGUGGUGGUGGCGGAAGGCCGGGUGGAGGUCCUAAAUCUGGUGGACAGAGAGGAGGAGGGCAUCAUCAACAGAGACCCCAAAAAAAUGAGCAAGAAGAAGGACAGAAAAUAUUCAAAACUUCAGACGGAACAAUUUACGAACUUAACGAACUUGAAUCUAAAUGUUCAGUAUUAGGUCAACAAUUACAAGAAUGGAGUUUUCCUAUUUUUAAUUUUGCUGAUAAAUAUAAAAAUACUGUUCUCUCUAGGUUAACCUUUGCAAUAUUUAAAGAAGCUGAUUUAUUCAAAACAUUCAAGAUCUCUUAUUCUAAAUUCUUCAAUUUUUUCCAUGCUUUAGAAUCUGGUUAUUGGGAUAUUCCCUAUCACAACCAAAUUCACGCUGCUGAUGUUUUACAUGGCUGUUUUUAUUUAACUUGCCAUUCAGUACAUGCAUUUUAUGAUUACCACCAAUCAUUAGAAGAGGUUGACGAUGAAGGGGAGGAAAUUGAAGAAAUAUCUAAAUAUUCAAAUAAUUGGGAGGAAAUAUCUAAAAGACACCAACAACAACAACAACAACAAUCAUUUAAUAAUAACAAUUCUGUUGAAUCAACAGCCAUUCCUUUAUCACAAAGCAUGAGUGCCUUGGAAUUAAUGGCCCUUUACUCAGCUGCGGCGAUGCACGAUUAUGACCAUCCAGGUAGAACUAAUGCUUUCCUAGUUGCUUCAGAAGAUAAAAAAGCAAUCCUCUACAAUGAUCGGUCUGUACUAGAAAAUCAUCAUGCUGCUGAGUCCUGGAAACUUUUAACUUCUCAAUCGAGUUAUAAUUUUAUUGAAAAUUUGGACUCUGCCGAGACAAAACGUUUUCGUUAUUUAGUAUUAGAAUAUAUUCUCGCAACAGAUUUAAAACAACAUUUUGAUAUUAUUGUUCAAUUUAAUGAAAGAGCACCUUCUAUGGAUUUGUCUAACGAAUCUGAUAGAAUGUUGAUUUCUUUAAUGAUUAUUAAAUUUGCUGAUAUUAAUUCCCCGGCAAAACCUUUUUCUUUACAUAAACAAUGGACUGAGAGAAUUUGUCAAGAAUUUUAUGAACAGGGAGAUGAGGAAAGGCUUAGAAAUAUGGCAAUAAGUCCAUAUAUGGAUAGAAGCGAACCAGCAGUUGCCAAACUUCAGGAUUCGUUUAUUGCCCAUAUUGUCAAUCCUUUAGCUAUUGCUUUAAAUGAAGCUAAUUUAUUGCCUAUACUUCCUGGGCUUCCAGAAUCUGAAUUAAUAAUUAAUCUGAGGCAUAAUCAUCAAAAAUGGCUUAAUCAAAUUGAAUUUGAUCAGAAAUUUUGUAGGGAAGGUGAAGACGGAGAGGGAAAUGCUUUGGAAAAGAACAAAACAAAUAUUUUUAGGUAG